ACCAGGCGCCUAAAUUUUAAAUUUGCUUCAGUUGACGGCGGGUGGACGAAAUCUGCAGGGAUGACUGAAAACACUUUCCCGGUGUACAAGGUAGAUGUCAUUGUGCAGUUCUACCGAACCGAAGUUUUGACUGGACAAGAGGCCAAACAUUUUACAAAGAAUGAUAUUACUCCCAACCCAAAGGCAGAAUCUAUUCAAAGACUCUACAUGAGAAUUUUGCAGCUUCUUUUUCGUUUCAGGCCUGAGUGCCAUUACACGGUGCCUUUGUCUGAAAACGUUCAGUACCCAAUGCUGUAUGAAUGGGUUACUCCAAUCAUGAGUGUUUACAUGCGCAUGUGCCAGUUUUUACCAGUGUGUCAUGUGUAUGACUUUUCCUUGAAUGACUUGCUCAACCCCAAGGGAAAACGCACAAUCAUAAUACUGAGUGCAAUCCAGAAUUUCCUUCACUUCAGAAAGCAGAGGUUGGAAAUUACUGCUGCCCACCAACAAAGUUUUCGCUCCGAUAUGGAUAGACUUCAGGCAUACACAAGGGAAAUAAAGGAUGCUGAAAAGAAGAUUGAGAAACUGACUACCAUACCACCAGAGCAGCAGGCAGAAGCUAAAGAGCUGGCGGCCGCACUAGCAGAGCUGACGACCAACACACAGCAUGAAUAUCAGGAUGUGAGUGCAAUGAAUGAAAAGGUUGCACAGUGCAAGACAGAGAUUGCUGAAAUAUCACAGAAACUGAGUCAAAGGAGAGUAGAUGUGGCAACACUGAAGGAUGAGCUAUCCAAGCUCAAGUCUCAGAUUGUGGAGUCCCCAGAGGAGCUCAAAAGUGAAAUGGAAAAGAUGAAAGAGAAUGUGAAAAGCAUCAAGAUGUCAAAAGAGCUGGCAGAUGAAAGGCUUGUGGAACUACAGAUGCUGGUGCAGUGUGCAAGUCAAGUGGAGGCAGAAAUUCAUGUCAUUCUCAAACAGCUGCAGGACUUGCAGAGUAGCAUGUACAAGACCAAUCUGCAGAAAGAGGAGGUCCAGAGCUUAGCAGCUAUGAAUGAAGCCCUGCAGAAAGAACUAAGGAGCCUGAGCACUGAGGAGGCCCAGCUGAAGAGAGCACUAUCCAUGAAACAAGACAAAGAGUCUAAACAACAAAUCCGUCGACUGAAGAAGAAAGAGGUGAAAGAUCAACAGGUCAAAAAUAUUUAUGGGCAAUAUGACCAAAUCCAUCUGAAACGGGAGGAAGUUGUGAAACUAAUAGAAGAAAGUAACCGUGAAACUAAGCAGUUCAAGGAAAAGAUGCAGAAGCUUAGAGAGAAGUGCAACCAGCGGACUCACAAAGCUCAGGAGAUCUAUGAACGCCUCCUUACUACUUUGGAGCAGUACAACAAGAGGAUUGAAAGCAUUGUGGUGGAUACUAAUGCAGACAUUUUAAAAAUUAAAUCCCAUUUCUAGAACGUAAUCAUUUCAUUCUUUAGGUUCCUGAUCAUUGUUAAAUGUCUGUUUCAUAGCUUUGUAAAUGUACUUUUCUUUGGAUGA